GAUUCAAUAGGCUAAGUUAAUAAAUAAAUAACUCAAUUAGCAACAUUUUACGUAGUUAUUUGACCGCCUUGUCUAAUAUCAGGCAAGCGUAAACCAUUAGCAAAAACUUACAUUUAUAUGCAAUUGUUUUAAGUUUUUUAUUACCCUAAAAAGCCUUAAUUGAAUUAAAAGUUUUAAUAACUGUAAAAGUAUGAGCCAAAUAAACGAUUAAAUAUCGAUAAUCGUUAGUACCCCUGAGUGGCAAUUUGAUAAACCCCUUUGAAACACUUGGUCAUUAUUCAAGUCACUGUGAUAGCAUCUAUGAGCAACUACAAACAUAUGCACCUACCAAUGUUACAUGUACAUACAUCACACAAAUUCAUCAUCUAUCAUAAAAUAGCAUCUAUUGAACGGCGAAUAUUUAACUCUACUUUUAUCCACCGUUCAGUUAAAGCUAAAGUUUUGCAAUGAGCAUUCAAGUUCCCGCCGUUGUACGAUUUCAUAUACGCUUAUUUCAAGUAAUAGGGUGCUUUGACGCUUCACUGCAUGCGCAGCCAAAAAUGCAAAAGCUCGCCGAGCAUCGUCUUGUAGCCUGGACAAAUCUUCUGUUGUUGAUUUUUUCGUUGACAACUGUGAACACCUUCUCCCGACCGGGUGCAUUUCUUUUCACCGAUAAUCGUUUUGGUUACUUCAAUGAUGCCCUAAAGGUGUGCAUUGCGCAAAUAACAGUUUUUAUCAUUUACAUGGAGACGGUAUUGCGUCGAUGUGCAUUACGCACCUUCUGGCAGAAAUAUACGAUUUUAAAUCGGGUAAAAGCUGAAAAAUAUCAAAAUAAUACAAGUCAUUGGCGUGCACAGUUACAUACACAUCGUCGUUUCCUUUACAUUUUCUAUGGGAUUAUUGCAUUUGAUGUGUCUAUGGAAGUGAUCUUCCUUGCCAAGCAAGCAUUGGACAGUCAGGUAAUACGAUUUUGGGUUAUGUUUACACCAUUCAUUUAUAUGGUACAUUUGCGGAAUAUGCAAAUAAUAUUUCAUAUCGAAAUUAUACGGCACGAACUUGAGAAGCUGCGUAAGGACAUUGGACUGCUAUCAGAUUAUACAAGCUUUGCGCAUCGCGUAGCCCCUUUUGCAGGUUUUGAAAACUUUGUGCGCCAAAAGUUGGCCGAAAAGCAGUUGAUUUUUCAACGCAUCUAUGAGAUGCUGGACUACUUCCAGAAUGCAUUUGGCAUGUCCAUCAUUGCAGUGAUCUUGAUGAUCUAUGUGCGAGUGGUCGUCGAUGGGUACUUCACGUUUUAUCUUAUACCAGACGGCUGGGAUAUUAUAGAAAAUUUGUUAAUGCUGCCUGCAUUCUUGGAGAUCCCAGCACUUUUACUGACUUCACAAAAAUGCAUGAAUGUGGUAAAGUUCAUAACAUUUGAAUUGCAUAAUAUACGGAGCUCUGUGGAGAACUCACUUAUUUCCGUUCAGAUACAAAAUUUCUCACUGCAAAUGUUACAUCAGAAAAUACGAAUUGAUGGUAUGGGCAUAUCUCCAUUGGAUGGAAAAAUGUUAAUCCGUAUUGUGGGCUCUAUUAUUACGUACAUGAUUUUCUUCAUACAAUUUAUGCCAAAAUUUAGAAAUUUAUAAAUCAGUCGAAAAAAUUGCUAUACACGAAAUUUAUAUUAAUCUAUAUGCACAAUGUUAUUUACAUAUUUAUUAUAUAUGAAAGUGAACAGAUUGGCAAUGUUUUAAAUAUAAUAAACUACAUACUUAAAUUAAACAA